AUGGCCCGGCCGGCGCCGCCCGCGGCUCUUCCAGUCUCUCCCUGUCUGCAGUCUCGGUCUCCGCGCGUCUCUCCCGCACCCCUUCUCUCUGUCUCUCUCGCCGUCACCCCAGCUCCCUUUGGAGAUGAGGCAGGGGUCGGCGCCCAGGGCCAGCCCGCUCCGCCCGCUCCAGGGCUAGGCGGGGGGCCGGGGGCUGCACCGGACAGACCGACGCGCGGACCGGACCCAGUGAGCCGUCGCCCAGGAGAGGAGCAGCCGCCGCCGCCGCCACCGCUUGUACCCCGUCACCAUGACUCAGGGCAGCAGUGUCAGAUCUGCACAUUGGGCCGACAUGAGGUGCUCCCACGGGAACUGGGUGGGGAGAAAAUGAAAGAGAAGCCUGUUAGCAGGGAAUCUCAGCCCAGCUCCAGCCAGGCCGAGGAGCCCCAGGACCCCCCAUCCUUGGAUGCAGCCAUCCAGCAUGCCCUGGCGGGCCUCUAUCCCCCUUUUGAGGCCACAGCACCCACCAUCCUUGGUCAGGUGUUCCGUCUCCUAGAUUCUGACUUCCGGGGCGAUGGACUGAACUUUCUCCUGGAUUUCCUGAUCCCUGCCAAGCGCCUGUGUGAACAAGUGCGCGAAGCAGCCUGUACCCCCUACUCACACCACCUCUUCCUGCAUGAAGGCUGGCCGCUGUGCCUGCGGGAUGAGGUUGUGGUCCACCUGGCAUCCCUCAAUCCCCUCUUAUUGCGCCAAGGUGACUUCUACCUCCAAGUUGAGCCCCGGGAGGAGCAGUCUGUCUGCAUCAUGAUCAAGUGCCUCUCUGUGGACCUCCACACAGUGGACACGAAGCCUGUUCCUGAGUCAUCCUACCCUAUACUUUUCACCCAAGCCUGGCUGGAGGCCAUCAACAGUGACUUUGAGGGCAGUCCCCUACACAACUGCCUGGUAGCUUCAGAAGAUGGGAUUGCUUCUGUGCCCUGGACCAAAAUAACCAGCCCAGAGUUUGUGGAUGACAGACCCCGAGCAGUAAACGUCCUCUCCCCAGCCUGGAGAUCCCUUCAAUUAGAGGCACUGGAUUUGAGCAGCCCCCAAGAGCUGCACCAGGCCAGGUCCCCAGGCAGCCAGGUGCUACUUGCCCACAGUUUGGCCAAGGGCAAGGGCAGGACACAUGGGGACAAGUAUCCAGGACUCAUCAAAGUGGAGCAAGCUGGGCCCGGGGAGGUGGGCUUCAGGAUGGACGAAGUGGCCAGCCAGGACUUGGAAGGAGAUUAUGUGGCUCUCCUGGACUUUUCCCAAGAGAACCGAGGAGGGUCUCCCAGUAAGGAGGUGGAGGCAUCCAGUGGGUAUCCUUUUGGGGCACAGGAGGAGCUCUCUGGAACUAAGGAAAUCCCUUUCUCUCAAAGGAUACUGCCUCUCUCAGGGACCAAUGGGGGGCCUUCUUUGGAAAAAUGGACGUGUGAGAAGCCAGCAAGUUCGGGGGAGAAACCCUGUGUUUGGGACUUGAGGAGAAAGGUUAAUCAUAAAGUUCCCACCCAAGACUCAGAACACCAGCCCCAAGAGCCCUACCUCAGCGUCCUUGUAAACCCACUGCAUUGUGCCUCUGGCCUCGGGCCAGGUGUCUCAGAAGAGCCAGCUCCCUCCAAGACACAGGGACCUCUGGGAGACUCAGAGGAUAUAGUCCAGUUCAAUCUGGGACCAAAACAAGCAUCCUCUGCCCAGCUGUGCCCAGCUUCCCCUACUGCUCCUCUAGCCCCUGCAACCAAGAUGGAAGAGAGGACCCAACCGGAAAAUGGGAGACUUCCCAAGCCUGUGACCAGGCCCUGUCAAAACACUUCCCCCACUCUUGGGCUCAAAUUCUCUUUCUUAAAGUGGCAGAGGCAAGGCCCUGUGACUCAGGAGAAAGCCUCGUUCCAGCAUGACGGGCCCUGGAAAGUCUUGUGUUCACUCUACUCUCCCAAACCCAACCGAGACAAGUGCUUGGGGAAAGGUAAGUUGCCCACUCGCUCAGCUGGGCAGGGGAACUGUUCUCUGCAUGUGAUCAGGUGA